UUGAGGGACGGUAGGCGGCGAAUCGGAGAGCUGGCGCAGCUGCUGUGGUGGCAGCGGCUCAAGUGGCGGUGGCUGUGGCGGCUGCAAGAGCUCCGGGCUCGGGGCUUUGGCGGCGGCGGACUGGGCUGCGCGGUGCAGAUGCCGGUGCGCAGUCCGGGUUCCUGGGGCGGCGCGUGAGAUGCCUCUGAUGGAGGAGUGUCUGAGAAGCACCUUCGGGCCAGUGGCUUUGAAAGAGCGACAGUGUAAAGCCCUGGACGCUGCCUCCUGAGGACUGCGGGCGAGGAGGUCAUGGCUGUGAGUCUAGAGGAUGACGUGCCCCUCAUCCUGACCUUGGACGAGGGCGGUGCUGCUCCGCCGGCUCCGACUGACCACCUGGGCCAAGAGGAGCUGCCCUGCAAACAUGGGGGCAGCCACGCCAGCCACGACGUCCCGACCCCCAGCCUGGUCUCCGGCGGAGAGAGCUCCCCCUCCGGCCCCUCUGGACACAACUGGGAGAUGAAUUACCAAGAGGCAGCGAUCUACCUCCAGGAAGGCGAGAACAACGACAAGUUCUUCACCCACCCCAAGAACGCCAGAGCGCUGGCGGCCUACCUCUUCGCACACAACCACCUCUUCUACCUGAUGGAGCUGCUGACCGCCCUGCUCCUGCUGCUGCUGUCCCUGUGCGAGGCGCCCGCUGUCCCCGCGCUCAGGCUCGGCAUCUAUGUCCACGCCACCCUGGAGCUGUUCGCCCUGAUGGUCGUAGUGUUUGAACUCUGCAUGAAAUUGCGGUGGCUGGGCCUCCACACCUUCAUCCGGCACAAGCGGACCAUGGUCAAGACCUGUGUCCUGCUGGUGCAGUUCAUCGAGGCCAUCGUGGUGCUGGUGCGGCAGACGUCCCACGUGCGGGUGACCCGGGCCCUGCGCUGCAUUUUCCUGGUGGACUGCCGGUACUGCGGCGGCGUCCGGCGCAACCUGCGGCAGAUCUUCCAGUCCCUGCCGCCCUUCGUGGACAUCCUGCUGCUGCUGCUCUUCUUCAUGGUCAUCUUCGCCAUCCUCGGUUUCUACUUGUUCUCCUCCAAUCCUUCCGACCCGUACUUCCGCACCCUGGAGGACAGCAUCGUCAGCCUGUUCGUCCUGCUGACCACGGCCAAUUUCCCAGACGUGAUGAUGCCCUCCUACGCCCGGAGCCCCUGGUCCUGCGUCUUCUUCAUCGUGUACCUCUCCCUCGAGCUCUACUUCAUCAUGAACCUGCUCCUGGCCGUGGUGUUCGACACCUUCAACGACAUCGAGAAACGCAAGUUCAAGUCUCUGCUGCUGCACAAGCGAACCGCCAUCCAGCACGCCUACCGCCUGCUCGUCAGCCAGCGGAGGCCGGCUGGCAUCUCCUACAGGCAGUUCGAAGGCCUGAUGCGCUUCUACCAGCCCCGGAUGAGUGCCAGGGAGCGCUUCCUGACUUUCAAGGCGCUGAAUCAGAGCAGCACACCUCUGCUCAGCCUGAAGGACUUCUACGACAUCUAUGAAGUCGCCGCCCUCAAGUGGAAGGCCAAGAAGAACAGAGAGCACUGGUUCGACGAGCUUCCAAGGACGGCCUUCCUCAUCUUUAAAGGAAUCAACAUCCUUGUGAAGUCCAAGGCCUUCCAGUAUUUCAUGUACGCGGUGGUGGCGGUCAACGGGAUGUGGAUCCUCGUGGAGACCUUCAUGCUGAAAGGCGGGAACUUCUUCUCCAAGCACGUGCCCUGGAGUUACCUGGUCUUUCUCACCAUCUACGGGGUGGAGCUGUUCCUGAAGGUCGCCGGCCUGGGCCCCCUGGAAUACCUGUCCUCUGGAUGGAACCUGUUCGACUUCUCCGUCACGGCGUUGGCCCUCCUGGGACUGCUGGCGCUGGCCCUCGACAUGGAGCCCUUCUACUUCAUCAUGGUCCUGCGUCCCCUCCAGCUGCUGAGGUUGUUCAAGCUGAAGAAGCGGUACCGUGACGUGCUGGACACCAUGUUCGAGCUGCUGCCCCGGAUGGCCAGCCUCGGCCUCACCCUGCUCACCUUCUACUACUCCUUCGCCAUCGUGGGCAUGGAAUUCUUCUGCGGGCUGCUGUACCCCAACUGCUGCAACACUAGCACGGUGGCAGACGCCUACCGCUGGUUCAACCACACCGUGGGCAACGGCACGGUGCUGGAGGAGGGCUACUACUAUCUCAACAACUUCGACAACAUCCUGAACAGCUUCGUGACCUUGUUUGAGCUCACGGUCGUCAACAACUGGUACAUCAUCAUGGAAGGGGUCACCUCGCAGACCUCCCACUGGAGCCGCCUCUACUUCAUGACCUUCUACAUCGUGACCAUGGUGGUGAUGACCAUCAUCGUGGCCUUCAUCCUGGAGGCCUUCGUCUUCCGGAUGAACUACAGCCGCAAGAACCAGGGCUCGGAAGUGGACAGCGGCAUCACGCUGGAGAAGGAGCUGUCCAAGGACGAGCUGGUCGCCAUGCUGGAGCUCUACCGGGAGGCACAGGGGGCCACCUCCGACAUCACGCGGCUGCUCGAGACCCUCUCCCAGAUGGAGAGAUACCAGCAAAAUUCCCUGAUGUUUCUGGGACGGAGAUCGAGGACCAAAAGCGACCUAAGCCUGAAGAUGUACCAGGAGGAGAUCCAGGAGUGGUAUGAGGAGCACGCCCGGGAGCAGGAGAAACUGCGGCAGCAGCCGGGCAGCGUCACCGUCCCCUCCACCCCACCGCCCCCAGGCAGCCGCCAGCGCUCCCAGACCGUCACCUAGCCCCAGCCCGCAAAGCCGCCUUCUUCUAUGCAAUGACACCACAGUACUACCUACUACGCACGCGCGGCGGGGCGUUGUGGGGACGCGCUGUCCGACUCGUGCACACAUCUACAUGGGGAAGACGGAGGACAAGCUGGCUCGCGGGCAGCCACCCGCCUGGCUCCCUUAGCACCGGCGCCGGCUCGUAGAGGGCAUCAGUCACGACCCGGCUCGGCCGCGGGGAGCUACAGAAGCCCCUUCACAAGAAGACCCCUCGACUCGAGCCUGCCACCUCUGCAGGGCUGGCCUGUGGCAGGCAGGCCCCUGUCCCCGCCCGCGUCCCCACUGACUCCCCACGGCCCUGUCGCAAGCACCUGUGUCGGCUUUAGGGACAAAACCACUUAGGAAGGAAGGAACCCAAGUGCCGGGGUGGUGUUUCCCUAGCGAUGCCACGUCCCCUCUGGGGGGACCCGUGCCCAGGACGAGGAGAGCCAGGGAGGGCCGCGGUUGCGCCUGAGGGCAGCCCUCAGGUGCAGGCCAGCUCCUGAAGGGCCUUCUGCCGUCCCUGUCCUUGCGAUUCACUUGUUCAGGUAAAGGACGUCUGCAAGGGCAGCCUGCGCUGUGGACAGCGGGUCCCUCACAGCCUGCAUCCGUGCUCUGGGGCCAGAGGCGCUUGGCCUGACGUCGGUUGGUGCAGGAGUUCGGGCAGUGCUCCUUAGCCGGAUUCCCCGUGGCCCUGGCGUUCCCGGGGUGUCCGAGAGAGGUUGGGUGACCGAGGAGGCAGAGCAGGGUCAGAGCGAGGGGCUCUGUCCAGCUCUGCUGGCAGGGAGGGUGGAAGGCCAGGGAGCAGGCGCCAGCCUGGCUCUCCAGACACCUCCGCCUCCUGUGGCCUGGGCAGCGGGUGGACAGACGGGAGCCGCAGAGCCUGAUCCCAGGGAGCAGUGCUGCCCCACCCCAGGGCCACGCUGCCCGGUAGCAGCCCCCCUGCCGCCCGAGGAGCGGGUGGCCUCACUUUUGAAGCACAGCCCUUUGGGGAGUCCUUGAGAACCAGGGUUCCCAGGGGUAGUCAGGAGACCACGCUGCCCUCGUCACCUUCAGAGGCCAUUGGCCAUGCAGGGGCUCAGCAGGGGGCCCGGGCCACACCCUUCUCUCCAGGGAAGGAACUUAAUUUGCACAACUGGGUGCCUUUUAGCCUUUGUGUAUUAGAAUGGGCAUUCUGGAAGCAGGGGGAGGGCAGCUUCUAGAGGGCAGGGGGCUCUACCUGAGUGUCCAGGGCUCACUUAGUCCCUUCCUCUACCCCAGGGGCUGCAGGCUUGGGAGGUCACCAGGGGAGCCGGGGCCCCAAGAAGGAGGCCGGUUCAGGACGGGCGGGGCCUGACCCUGUCCGUCGCCCAGACAUGCAAGAUGCGCUGUUGGGUGGCGGUGCCCUCACCCGGACCAGGACACUUGUCCCCACAGGGCCACCUGUGGUCCCAUCAAGCUGACCCUCAAGCUUGCCCGCUGAGCAGGGGACAGCUGCCAGCCAAGCUGUGAACCCUGAGUGCCCUGGGACUCCGUAGCUCAGGUGCCUUCCUCGCCAUCGCAGCCGAAGGAGACUGGGUGGCACCUGCCGCCGGCCAGGUCACAGCCUGGCGGGGUGGCAACGGCACUGUGCACCCUCCCCAGCGAGGCGGUGGCACUUGGGGAGGCCACCGCCGGGCCCUCCUGGCUUCUCCCCGCAGCCUUACUCCACACCACGCAGACAAUCAUUUUGUAGGGACGGCGGGUGGCGCCUGGUUUUGUACGUCGGCGAUUUGUUACCUAGAAACCACUGCGUCUCUGGAUUUCUGGCAUAUUAAUAAAAGAGCCUCUGCUUUGUA